GUCCUGAGGUGCCCAGGUGAUGCCUCUCUUUGUGGUUGCAGAAACAAGAUGGCUCCCGUGCUGGAGAAGAAGCUCCUGGGCGCCGCCGGUGCUGCCGACACCCUGGAAAUUAAUAACGAGGAUGAAGAAGGACAGAACCUAUGGUCCUCUAUUUUAAGCGAAGUUUCCACCCGGUCCCGGUCCAAGUUACCGUCAGGAAAAAAUAUUUUGGUUUUCGGAGAAGAUGGCUCAGGAAAGACAACGAUUAUGGCAAAACUCCAGGGAGCCGAGCACAAUAAAAAAGGGAGAGGACUUGAGUAUUUGUACUUGAAUGUCCAUGAUGAAGACAGAGAUGACCAGACCAGAUGCAAUGUGUGGAUUUUGGAUGGAGACCUGUACCACAAGGGGCUUCUGAAGUUUGCAGUGUCAGCAGAGUCAUUAAAGGAUACCUUGGCAGUGUUUGUGGCGGACAUGUCUAGGCCGUGGACCAUCAUGGAGUCAAUACAGAAGUGGGCCAGCGUCCUGCGUGAACACAUUGACAAACUGAAGAUCCCUCCAGAACAGAUGAGGGAGCUUGAACAGAAAAUGGUGAAGGACUUCCAGGAGUACACAGAGCCAGAGGAGGCAACCCAGGGCUCUCCACAAAGGCGUGGGCCUACAGCGUCUGGGACCGAUGACGAGGGGGUCCUUCUGCCUCUUGGAGAUAAUGUCCUCACACACAAUCUGGGCAUUCCAGUGCUGGUAGUUUGCACAAAGUGUGACGCAGUGAGUGUGCUGGAGAAGGAGCAUGACUACAGAGAGGAGCACUUUGAUUUCAUUCAGUCCCACAUUCGACGGUUCUGCUUACAGUAUGGAGCUGCUUUGAUUUACACUUCAGUCAAAGAAGAAAAGAACUUGGACCUUCUUUAUAAAUACAUUGUGCACAAAAUGUAUGACUUCCAAUUUACCACACCUGCCUUAGUGGUGGAAAAAGAUGCUGUUUUCAUUCCAUCUGGCUGGGACAAUGAGAAGAAAAUUGCCAUUUUGCAUGAAAAUUUCACAACCGUGAAACCUGAAGAUCCAUUUGAAGACUUUAUCAUGAAACCACCUGUAAGAAAGCUAGUACAUGACAAAGAAGUUGCUGCUGAAGAUGAGCAGGUUUUCCUAAUGAAACAGCAGUCCUUGUUAGCCAAGCAGCCUGCUACGCCUACAAGAGCAACGGAAUCUCCAGCACGGGCUCCAUCUGGCUCCCCUCGGCCCACAGGCCGCACCGGGCCUGCCAACGUGGCCAGCGUCUCGCCUAUGACCGCUGUCAAGAAACCCGAUCCCAACAUGAAAGGUGCUGCAGCAAAUGAGGGGGUCCUGGCAAACUUCUUUAACAGCCUAUUGAGUAAAAAGACAGGCUCCCCAGGGAGCCCAGGAGCUGGGGGAGUGCAGAGCACUGCCAAGAAAGCAGGGCAGAAGCCGGUUUUGACUGAUGUUCAGGCGGAGCUGGACAGAAUGACUCGCAAGCCAGACUCCAUGGUAACAGCCAACAACACAUCACCAACGGAGAAUGAAGCCUGAAUAUGCUUACAGCAUUGUCCAUAAAAAUACCUAUAAAAAAGUUCAGAAAACGACCAAAUUUCAACUGUGUAUAUCAGUCAAAAAAACAGACCAUGAUUUUGUCUAAUGUGGCGAGAUGCUAUCAGGUUUAUUUUUGUUAUUGGUUCUUUUUUGUUUUGUUGUGAGAAGGGGUAAGUGGGGGGGGGAGCUGGGAGAUGCAAACGAGGGCCUAACUUAAUUUGUAAAGGCAUGUCGGGUCAUGUAUCAUGCACUUCCUGAGAAGCAGCAGAGCAGCCCCCCACAUCUAAGAGCUGUGCUAUAGUUUUGGAAAGGCCUCUUGAUCCUGCCUGCUCAUCUUAUGGACCAGAAAAGCGGUGUAGCUUUUUGUCUUGACAGGUUGUGUGGAAGGAAAGCAAAUACCGGAAUAUCAUAAACUAAACCUGAAUAUUUCAGUCAAAUUUAAAAAUACAUGGAAGUCUGUAGUAUGUAAAAAGUAGAUAUCCUAUGAUACUGUUGUAUUUAUAUAUAAAUCCAAACUUUUCUUUUUUCACUAAAAUGUUUUAAAGGAAAAAAAACAAUGUAGCUACUUAUUGUUAAGCUCCAUUAACUUCAUGACACUAAUGUGGCAAAUAAACAGAUUGGCUGAUAGCAUAUAAAAAUAUGCUGUAUUUUUUAAAAAAACAGACCAGAGCAGUGAAGGCAUAUUUCUAAGGUUUCUGUAAAUAUAAGCAAAAUAUUGGCAAAUGAGCUUCUGUUGCUUAUGUAUAGAAUAAUACUAAAAAAUCAUGAAGAAAUACUUCAGAUGAGAAAAGUGUUGUCAGGUUUCUGUUGUUUAGAUUGCUUUACAAGUUAUCCUUUUGGCUACAGAGGGGGAUGUUAUCUGCUAUAACAAGUGCCUGGCACAAUUUGCUGUAAGUGUCAUUGUAGAGGUGCUUGACUAAAAAAAAAAAAGAUGUGCACUGUAGUACAAAUGGUCAGUUAUUUUUGGUUUUAAAAUUAUUUAUUGUUUUUUUUUUUGUACUACAAUUCUGUGGUCUUAGCAUAUUUUACUUCUUAAAUCAGCUUAUGUUAUGGCCUCGCUGAAAACUUCAUUAGGCAGCAUGCCUUUCUUUUUUUUAAAGUGUAGUAAAGUCACCUGUAAAGUAUUUACUGCAACAUUUUAGCAUUCAUAAAUUAAAAAAAAAAGUUGUUGCUUAGUGAUGGUUAACUGCUACAUACCAAUUGGGUUUUUACAGCUGUGGGAUGUGAUCACACUCCGUGUGUAAGUUAGCACUAAAAACAGUGUUGUGAAGCCAAAUUGAUCUCGAAGGUGAUGAUAAUGGCAUACUUGGAGAGAUAUAGGCUGCUUUGUUUUGAAGGUCCAUAACAGCAAUUCCUUUUAUGAUUAUUAAGAAAGCAUAGGUUAAACAUUCCCCUUUUUAUAUUGUACAGUAACCGCAAAACCUGUCCCAUUUUAGCAAGUGGUUUCAUCUGCUGACUGAUAGAGAAGCCUAAAUUAAGAGAACUGAUUUUUCUCUGCCUUCGAGUAAAGGCCUCACCUUUUGACACUCCUUUUAGACUCCCUUCUUCUCCUCCUCUGGUUGACGUUCUUGUCAGUUUGCCUGAACCUGCAGUAAGUGAGGAAAUUAUAUCAGUCUUUAAAUGGGGAAAAAUACUUAAUUACUAAUAACUAUAUCAAUAUUAAUACUGUGCAAUAUCGAAUUCUUGAUUUGUUAAGGUUUACAGAAAGACGAACCACCUGUAUGAUAUUUUUUCAGAUGUUGUGGAGGAUUGGAAAAUCAUCUGAGGAAGUUUUAUCGGAAAUUAAAUCACUGUAAAAACCUCUUUUUAUGUUAACCUACAUUGAUAUGGUUUAGACAUUUAAAUGAGCUAAUGGCAUUCAUCCACCUGUUCCUCAAGCUAGGUUCUUAGCAGUGCUAUCCAUAAACAUGCCAGAAGAUCAGGUGAGUACUAUAUAAGUAUAGGAAAAUUAUGAAAAUUGGAAUUUGGAACCAAAGACUUGAAUUUGGUGUGUUCUACCAACCUUCUCACACCUAUUUAGCAGAUGAAGAAUUCACUGGUCAAACCGUGAACUACCCAUCACUCUAAAAUAGAUUCUGUGGUUAUGAAAAUGGCACAUGUACUUAGUUUUUAAACACACUGUGUUUAAGUUUGUGUAAUAUUGCUGUUUUAAGGGAAAACCACAAGUCAUGUUGUGCGGAGUCUUCUUUCUGUUGCAUGAACUAAUGUACAAAAAAAUCGGUCUGGAUCAAUAAUAUUGCAAAUGGUAGGCAGUAAUGUUUACUACUGGUGCAGGGCAUAUCGUAGCAUCUGACAUAUGAAGGUUAUUGCUUGUAUUCAAAAGCACAAUACUCAGAAAUAUAAGAGUAUGUACUUGCAUUUUUAAAGGAACAAUCUUAUCAGGCAAGCACUUGUAAUAACAUACCCCUAAAGACAUUUUAAAGCAUUUCUUUACAUUAAGUGUAUAUGCAGUGAAUAUUUUUUAGCAAAUUCCUCCUGCUCUUAAUGUUUACCUACUGAAUAACCUGGUGUUAUAUGCAUAAUUAAUCAAAUUGAUAAUGGGUUAUUUUUUUUUAAUUAACCUAGCGUGUUGCAGCCUAGAUAACUGGAGUUUUAGUGAAUUAGCUGUAUGCUCCUUUAAAAUGUCCUGUUGAAGAUGUUCAGAAUUUCAUGAAGUUGGAAGGGAUCAUAUGUCUGUUUUGAGGAAAUGUAAAAUUGUUUUUGUUUUUUAAAAAAAGUCCUGCCGUCCCAGCAUUGUUUUAGUGUUAUUUCAAAAGAGUGGAUGCUCCUAGUUCUUCAAAGUUUAAAUUAAAACUCCAGUUCAUUACAAUGCAUCACCAUUGUCUGAUCAGCUCUGGCACGUCGCACGGUUUGGUUACUGGUGUUGCAAGCAUUGGAAACCAAAAAAAAAACUAAGUAAUUGUAAGAGAUUAUCUGCUGGGUAGUUGCAUUUGCAGACUGAUUAGCCCUAAAGUAUCUAGAUCUCUUUAGUGAGAUUAUCUUGUUCUUUAAACAACAGCAGAUUCUUUCCCAGUGAAACAUAGUAUUAGAUAAAGAUCUGGCUACAAUAAAGAAAGAUGUCCAUUUGGUUGAAACGGCAAAUAAAAUAAUUUCCUGCUGCUUGAAAUAAAAUUUGCACUUCAUUUUUUUCAGAUUGGCUUUGUAAAAAAGGUGUAAUGAACAACAGACAUUGUAAAGAACAUUAAUUUUGCCUAAGUUAAUAGUGACUGCUCUGUACAUUAUAACCCUAACAAUAUGCUUACAUUCUUGUUAAAAAUUAAAAAAGGAAAAAAGCUUUGGCUUACAGUCCUUUUAUACAGGAUUUCAAUUUUUUUUAAAAAAUUACAUUUAGGACUGCGUAUGUACCGUGAACAUAUUAAAUUUAGUCUGAUUGUAUGGCUUUACCCAGAUGCAGUAUGCUGUCAUUUGGAAUCUCGCUUUUAGUGCCGGCAAAGAUGAGAACGUGUCUUUAACAAGUACUGGCUUCAAUAAAUAUGAAUCCAGACUA